UCUGUGGUUUAAGUUUCUCUAUGGUUUAAGUUGCUUGAUUGAGUGACGUGCUUUGGUGUGGUGUCUUGUGAAUAUUUUGACUACUUUCCAGUUUUGUGGACUAUUAAUGCGAUGUCAUCUCGCGGACGCGGCUAUGGAGGAUACAGCGGGAGAGGCAGCUUCAACCGGGGAAGUAGUUAUCGCGGAUCUUACCGAGGGAGCAGCAAUCGUGGGUCCUACGAGAGUCGUGGAGGACGUGGUGGUGGCUACUCAUCAUACAACAAUGAUUCCCGCUACAACAAUAGUAGUGGUCAUAGAUACUCCAGCAGCCGUGACAGGAUGGAAGAACCUUAUUCCAAAAAAAGUUAUAGAUCGGAAAGUUCUGCGAGUUAUUCAAACCGAGACUAUGGCGGAAGAUCUGGAUCUCCUGAGCGUAAGAGAAUGAGAAUGGAGGGAUCAUCGAGCGAUAGACGUAGCCAUGAUGGCGGCGGACAUUACGGCGGAUCGUACAGCGGUAGACAAGAGAGUUACAGCGGUGACAGGAGGUCGUACGGCGGCGAGGAGAGAAGGCGCUCGCCCAACCGCGAAGCGUACCGCAAGCCAAGUGGCAUGGGCCCGCCGCGAGAGCCGGCGCGCUCGGCGCUGCGGCCGCGCGCCUCGCGCCGCUCCUUCCGCGGCCGCACGAUCCGCUCGCGCGCCUCCUUCCGCGGCGCGCCGCGCUCGCGAGGCACGUUUACCUCUAGGCGGUUCAAUGACCGGACCCUCGGGUAUACCCGCGCGUUCAGAUCUAUCAAAGGAAGAAGCUCUAUCAAAUCUAAAGAAGAUGCCUCAUCAACUGAAGAAGAUUGGGAUGCUGAUGAGAAAGAAGAGGAAGAAGAAGAAACCACCGAAGAGAAGAAGGAAACCAAGAUCAAGUCACCUAAGCCCGAAGCGGAGGCGUCCGACGGCGAGCCAGCGGACGGCGGCGAGGACACGGACAAGGAGCCGGACACCGCGUCCGACGCCGCGCCGCCGCGCGCCCGCCCAUACGUGCAUUUGUCUUGCGUCCAUUGCAAGGAUAAGUGUGCUACUUUCGCAGGCUACGCGAAGCACCUGGUGUCGAGCAAGCACCGCGCGGCCAUGAGCGCGGUGGCGCGGCGGCACAAGGCGCAGCUGCUGCGCAUGCGCGUGGCGCAGCGCGGCGCGCAGCGGGAGCUGGAGGCGGCGGCGGGCGCCGAGCUGGCGCCGCGCACCACGUUCUGCCUCGUGUGCCGCCUCAACCACCGCACCACGCGCCACGCGCACAACCUCACCGACACGCACCGCGCCAUGAAGCGCUUCCUCAUGCCCUUCUGCCGCAUCUGCCGCGUCACCUUCCGCUCGCCGAUGAUCUACGAGCACCACAUCUGCUCGCUGGAGCACUUGAAGAGAAAAGCCAAUCAAUCGGCCCGGCGGGCUAGCCCUAAAGCCGAGGCCAGCGGCGAUGAAGGCAUGGACGUCGACUUGGACAACUUUAUGACUCUGGACUCUGUCGGCGACGUAGAUGAAGUCGAAGAUGAAGAUUCUGGUGGUGAGAAAAAGGAGGAAACGUCGCCCAAGAAACCUAAGGUUGAAAUAAACAUUGGCAGCGAACACAUCAAGAAAAUGGAGGUAUGGUGGUGUGAGUUGUGCCGCGUGUACCUGCCGCGCGCCGAGGCGGGCGGCGCGGACGAGGCGGAGGCGCUGCGCAAGCACUGCCGCCUGCGCAUCCACCUGGGCCGCUACGUGCAGCACCGCGACACGCGCACGCUGCGCAAGCACGCCGAGCGAAUUCACCGUCAGCUGCACCAGCAGAAAGAAGAUGAAGAGAAGGAUGCAGCAGUCACAGAAGAUAGCGAAGUCAAAAUUGAAAAAACGGAACCUGCAGAAGAGUCAAAGAAAGUUGAAAAUGGAGAAACUGCUAACACAUCAGGCAAUGAAGACAAGUUAUGGGCUGAUGUUGACAAAGAUAUUGGAGAGUUGUUACGAGAGGUCGACCCGCAAGGCAAUGAAGGCAGUGACGAUGACGAUGACCUUGACAGGUAUGACAAAUUCCGCAAGAGCGAUAAGAAACUUAAAAUUGAUGGGUUAGAAGAAAAUGAUACCAACGUAACUGAAAACGUUAACGAAAAAAACGACAUUGAAGUUAAAUCAUCGGCGUAGGAGUGUAAAUCAAUUCUUUAAUGAAUUCCUAGGUUUCUUGUAGGUGUAAAUGCUUAUGGUUUUCGUUUAGCAUCCGUUGUGGUAUUGGAUGUAUUUUCAUUAUUUUAUCAAUGUAUGUGUAUGUAAUAUAGAUUAAUUAAUAAAGUAUACUUAAGAAUA